AUGAAUGAGUGUGUGAGAGUGAGAGUGAGAAUGAUGGCAGUGAUGAUUGCAGUGAUGAUGGCAAUAGCGAGUGUAGUAGCGGUUAUUAAUGGUGGGAAUGAGAAGAAUGAUGGAGUAUAUGUAAGUAAGAAUGCAGGUGGAAUAGCGAAGAGUGUGAUUGUUGUGAUGAGCACGUGUGUAAUGGCAAUGACAGGAUGGGUAAUACAGGCUAUGGGUGUAGAUGUGGAAGUGAGUAGUGAGAUGAAUAAUGAAAUGCUGCUGCAGUAG